AUGUUUACGAUACGUUUGUGUUGGAUGCUAAGUAUCUUCCUAAUCUCACUUGUGGAAUGUCAGUUAAUCAAACACGGUGAAGGUCUUGAAUCUUUGGAUGACAAGAGAAUUGACACAGUUAGUGUUCAAUCUGAUACUCACUCAGCACACCAACUUGCUGAGGAAUUGUCAAGUACUCAAACCUAUCCAUCGUCAAACGAAGAAACCAAACAGUACACACGGCAGUUACCCAAUGAUGGCGCAGCUGUAAAACAAAAUGAUGGGUUUGUUCACAGCAGCUUGAAUCCGUCAGACCAUGGGAUUCCUGAAAACAGCGAAAGGCUGACGACCAAUGACGCUGUGAAUUGGGUGGCAAAGCAUGGACGCAAUCCUCGUGAUAAUUUCCCCAGAGAUCAUGAUACCAACAUUUACCGUGAUGGCGGUGAUGAACAGCUGUCCAGCAGUGCUAAGCAGAUACCACCGGCAAGUAUCCCACAUGAAUAUCAACUGGAUGACGUUUUCUCUUUGCCUUCACGUGAGGAUCCUAUGUAUAAUCGUGUUGACUUUGUUUCUUUGGUCGUUAUCGUGCCCCCUGGUGUUAAGCAUUGUUACUUCUACAAUCCAAUUGCUAACUUUGAGGUUGAUUAUCAAGUUGUCAAAGGAGGUCAUUUAGAUAUCGGGAUAUUUGUUCGGGAUCCAGAAGGAGAACCAAUCGCAAUCCGUCCCCCAUUGUCGGACUCACAAGUUUCAAUAUCUGUUCCGAAGUACUUCCGUCUAUUGCCUUAUGCGAUUUGUUUGGACAACAGAAAAGCUAGCUAUGCCUAUAAAUAUGUAUAUUUCUCUGUUGACGUAAAUAUAAACUGGGACAAUCCAAAUGAACUAGAACGACAAGCCAUAGAAACAUUGAGAAACAAUGCCCUUCUCAAUUCACAGGUUCAAGCAGCAAGUGCUGAACAUGCAGAAAAUAUCGAAAAGCUGAUGGCACAGUUGGAUGUAAUAUUUGGUCGCUUACGACGCAUCGAACAUAUGCAACAGCGUUCUAGUAAUUUCGACUCCACAGAUAAGUCCCUGAUGGAAGGAAAUUUAGAGCGUAUAACAACAGGUUCUUUAUUUCAAGUUAUCCUUAUGGUUGCCGUGGCAGCUAUCCAAGUUGGACUCAUUCGUUCAUUAUUUGAUCAACAAAGCUACUUCUACAAAAUUUGGUUUGGAAGUAGGCCUCAGAACUUGAACGCUCGUUGUUAA